UUCAGCUGUUGCAUUGUUCCUAUAACUCUUCGGCAGUGGGCAAGGAUUCACGCCAUUUUGACGUCGUUCUAUACACGGUGCAUCAAAUCAUGGGCUGGUCCCACCUGCUGCUCGUCGUUUUUGUACAUGCCGUCUCGGUGCUCGUGGCAGCUCCUCCAGCUGCAGGUAGUCCGUGCACGCCGAACUUCUGCUCGAAGGUGACGUGCAAGCCGGUCGAGGCCAGCCAAUGCGACGGGAAAGUGGUACCCAACGCCAGCUACUGCGGCUGCUGCGAACAAUGCGUCAUGCCUCUAUAUGAAGGUGACGGGUGCUUACCUUCAAAAAAAUUCCAUCCAAAAAAAUAUGGCGAGUGCAGGAAUGGCUUGAAGUGCAACGAAACCACCUUCAGGUGCGACAAGGUCCACGCCCGCCACUUUUGGGGCACCAAGGACAAAGCAGCCGCAGAAAUGGAUGAGGUCAUCGCCUUCCAUUAAUUUAGCUCGUUCAAGUGCAAUAACGGCGUCAUCUGGGGCAUGCGCACUUGCUUAGAAAACGUAACAACACUGGUGCUCUUGCAUGUUAAACACGUUAUACAUACAGACGCACAGGUGACACAUUUGCCAGCCUAUCCAGCAUUUUGAUCAAGUGAGACGUGCGAGAAACAAUGCAGAUUUAUGAUGGGCUGAAAGCUGUCAGAUCACUCGCCAGAAAUUGUUGCCCAUAUGUGUUAGAAGAACCGAGGUGCUUCUUCUGGCAGCCUAAAAGAAAUACAAAAUACAGGGCACAGUUUUCUUACUAAAGGCAGCAAUACAGGUAAACCGGCCAUGGUUGCUCAGUGGCUAUGGUGUUAGGCUGCUGAGCACGAGGUCGCGGGAUCGAAUCCCGGCCACGGCGGCCGCAUUUCGAUGGGGGCGAAAUGCGAAAACACCCGUGUACUUAGAUUUAGGUGAACGUUAAAGAACCCCAGGUGGUCGAAAUUUCCGGAGUCGCCCACUACGGCGUGCCUCAUAAUCAGAAAGUGGUUUUGGCACGUAAAACCCCAUAAUUAAUUCAUUAAAUACAGGUAAGAAUUAAUUAUUCUUAAUUGAUUUAUGCAGUAUGAGGCGGAGAGGGGAGGGAAGAAGUAACGUAAAUUAGGAUAAAAGAGAUGAACCUGAAGCAACAAAAUCAAUUUCGCAAUAUAAACCUAUCGUUCCACCACUGUGUGUGCAUAAGGAAACCAUUUCGAGCAGGGCUGAAGGGCAUUCAGGACUUAACAAAUAAAGCUCACUCCAUCGAAGUUCACAAACCAGC